AGGCUGCUGGCUGUGCCGCCUCAGUUGGGUCCCCUCGUCCCACUCGGCGCAGCUGUGCUUGUGCCUCAGGUGGCUCGAGCCAUGAACGGCCUCGUGGUCAUCCUUCUCUGGGCAGCGGCGGCGGAGGCCGACAGGGCGGAUGGAGCCUUAGAGCAGAAACCUGCUAGAGCUGGGCUGCAGGACUGCAAGAAAGCACUGAACCUCCCGGUCCUAGAAGUGUUGCCCGGGGGCGGCUGGGACAACCUAAGAAACGUGGACAUGGGGAGGGUCCUGGACCUGGGCUACAGCACUUGCAGGACCACCGAGGACGGACGCUAUAUCAUCCCAGACCAAGUCUUCACCAUCCCCCUAAAGCGGAGCAACAUGGAGAUGAACUCGGAAAUCAUCGACUCCUGGAAGGAUUACCAGAGCACCACCGCCUUCUCCAUCAACACGGAGCUCUCCCUCUUCUCCGCCGCCAACGGCAAGUUCUCGGCCGAGUUCCAGCACGUGAAGACGUGCCAGGUGAAGGACCGUUCCGUGACCACCAGGGUCCAGGUGAGGAACGUGGUCUACACGGCCAAGAUCAACCCCUCCUCGGUGUUGGACCGAGAAUUUGCCAAACAGCUGAUGGACAUCUCCGACCGCCUAGAGAACAAUCAGACCCGGAUGGCCAACUUCCUGGCCGAGCUGCUGGUCCUCAACUACGGCACCCACGUGGUCACCGGCGUGGACGCCGGGGCCAGCCUCGUGCAGGAGGACCACCUCAAGUCCACGUUUGUCCAGAACAACUGGGCCCUCCGGAGCUCCAUCACUACUUCGGCCGCGGUCUCCUUCCACAGCUUGAUCGACGCCAAGUUUGGUGAGGCGCUUCACCUGGAGGGUGGCUUUAACCAGAAUUAUAUCUCCAACAGAACCAGCUCCAGGGUUCAAAGCAUCGGCGGGCUGGCCUUCUACCCCGGCAUCACCCUGAAGGCCUGGCAGGAGGGCAUAACCAACCACUUGGUGGCUAUCGACCAUUCCGGUCUGCCCUUGUAUUUCUUCAUCAACCCCGAGACGCUGCCCGAACUGCCCAUCCCCCUGGUCAAGAAGCUGGCCAAGACGGUGGAAGUCGCGGUCCGCCGGUACUUCGGCCUCAACAUCUAUCCCGGCUGCACCGACACGGAGUCGCCCAACUUCAACUUUCACGCCAACGCGGACGACGGCUCUUGCGAGGGGAGGAUGACGAACUUCACCUUCGGGGGAGUCUACCAGGAGUGUCAGCAACUGUCCAGCCAGGGAGAGUUCUUACUCUGCCAGAGCUUAGAGCAGAAGAAUCCGCUCACGGGGGGGUUUUCCUGCCCGGAAGGUUUCUCUCCAGUCCUGCUGGGCUCCCAGACCACGGAGGAAGGGUACAGCCGCCUGGAAUGCCACAGAUCGUGCACCCUGUUCGUCUUCUGCAAGAAAAUAUGCGAGGAUGUGUUCCGGGUGGCGAGGGCCGAGUUCCGAGCUUCCUGGUGUGUGGCCACCGGGCAGGUCUCCAGCCACUCGGGCUUCCUUUUUGGGGGGCUUUUCAGCGGCAAGAGCACCAACCCCGUGACUAACGCCCAGUCCUGUCCCUCGAGCUACUUCCCCCUGAGGCUCUUCGACAGCCUCCGGGUGUGCGUCAGCCAGGACUACGAGCUGGGCUACAAGUUCUCCGUGCCCUUCGGCGGGUUUUUCAGCUGCUCCACGGGGAACCCCCUGGCGAGCUCUGGUCAGCCCGGGGGGCAUCCGGAUGCCCCUUUCCUGAAAAGAUGCCCCGGGGGCUUCAGUCAGCACCAAGCGCUCAUCAGCGAUGGCUGCCAGGUGUCAUACUGUGUCAAAGCCGGGCUCUUCACCAGCCAGUCCCUGCCUCCAGUCAGACUCCCUCCGUUCUCCCGACCCCCUCUCAUGAGUCAGGCCUCGACCAACACGGUCCUGGUGACCAACAGUGAGACGGAGAAGUCCUGGGUCCGGGACUCCUCCACCCACCUGUGGAAGCUGGGAGAGCCUUCUGAAGUGCGCCGGACCAUAAAGCUCGUCCAAGGGAGCGAGAGGGGCUUGUCGGGGGGAGAGGCCGCUGGCCUCACGACAGGAAUCACCACCCUCCUGGCAGCCCUGAUUGCCCUGGUCAUCUAUGGCUCCAGAAGGUACAAGAAGAGGGACUAUAUACAGAUGGAAGGGGAGAAGGAGGAGGAGGAGGAGGAACAGAGGUUGAUUUCGGGCUCCGCUAACUACACCGCCGGCCCAACGCAUCCGAACGAAACUUUUGACCCGGGGGAAGAGAACCCGGCCGUCUAAACUUCUCCCGUGGAAUUUUGCUUCACUUCCUUCUCGGCUCACGACGUAAGCUUGCCUUUAACUCUCCUCGAAUUUUUUUCUUGCCCUAACCGGAGAAGAGGCCGACGGCAAGUGUGUGGUUCUGAUGCUUCUUCGAAUCUCCAUCUCCAUCGUCUGGCCGACCGACGGAGCCGUUUGGAACUGUGCUCGGAAUGUGCGUCGCCAGAUGCCCAACCCAGCCCCGCCGGCCACCCGGGGCCAAGACACAGCGGCACCUUUUGACACUCCCCUCGUCUGAGG